AUGAAGUACAAUAUGCUGGUCAUGGGCGGGUUCGCUAUCGCCAUGAGUUUGGCGUGGAUCUUUGAAGGUCGCAAGCUUUUCUCGCCACCCGUUAAGGAUGAGGCAGUUUUUGUCGCUGGGUCUGGGGUCCUGGAUGGUUUUAAUGUCGAUGAAGGUGAGGGGAAAAUGCAGAGUUUUUCAAAGGGCCAGGCCAAGUCUCAUAUCACCCCUUUGUCAGACAGGCCUUAA